AUGACACAGACUGACUACAAGUUUGAGGGCUGGAUGGGCCUCGACCCGAGCUCCAGCGCCGGCAACAUGGUUUGGCAGGAGUUUGAGCCCAAGACGUGGGAAGAGACCGACAUUGACAUCAAGAUCUCGCACUGUGGUAUUUGUGGUUCCGAUCUACAUGUGCUUAACAGUGGUUGGGGCUCUACUAUGUACCCCUGCUGCGUCGGCCACGAGAUCGUGGGCACUGCCGUGCGCGUGGGAUCCAAGGUGACCAAUAUCAAGGUCGGAGACCGCGUGGGAGUUGGUGCCCAGAGCGACUCUUGCCAGGGUCGUCAGGGUGACUGCGAAGAGUGCGCGAUGGGCCUGGAGCAGUACUGCAGCAAGAAGAUGACCGCCACGUACGACAGCACCCACUGGAACGGCGACAAGGCGUACGGUGGAUAUGCGACAUACAACCGUGUUCCGGCACACUUUGCCGUCAAGAUCCCCGAUACCAUCUCAUCGGCGGCAGCGGCGCCUAUGCUUUGCGGUGGCGUCACUCUGUACAGCCCGUUGAAGCACAAUGGCUGUGGACCCGGCAAGCGCGUUGGGAUCGUUGGCGUUGGCGGUCUCGGCCACUUCGGCGUGCUCUUUGCCAAGGCCAUGGGAGCUGACAAGGUCGUUGCUAUCUCGCGCAAGAGUGGCAAGGCUGAGGAUUCGCUAAAGAUGGGUGCGGAUCUUUACAUUGCGACUGAUGACGAGCCGGACUGGGCGACCAAGUACUCCCGCUCUCUGGAUCUGAUCGUGUGCACUGUUUCAUCUAUUAAGAUGCCGCUGACCGGUUACUUGGGACUUCUGCGCACCGGUGGCACCAUGGUCCAGGUCGGUCUUCCCGAAGAAGGUGGCCUCUUUGCCCCUGUGCGCCACCUUAUGCGCCGUCAGAAGCUGGAGAGUUCGUUUAUUGGCAGCCCGAACGAAAUCCGCGAGAUGUUCCAGCUGGUGGCGGACAAGGGUAUCCAACCGUGGAUUGAGGAGAUCCCCAUGAAGGACGCCAACAAGGCGAUUGUGGAUCUGGAGGAUGGCAAGGCACGCUACCGUUACGUGCUGGUGAACGAGUGA